AUGAACAUUUUGCUUAGAACACAGUGUUUCCAACUCCUGAAGAUCUCUAAGGUGUCCGUGAGGGCAUUCCACAAAGACUUCAGAUUAUCAGCCGCUCAGAACUUCUCAAACUAUGAAUCCAUUAAACGGGAUUUCAAAUUAGAAGUGCCAGAGUAUUUCAACUUUGCUAAAGAUGUGCUGGAUCAUUGGGCCAAGAUGGAGAAGGUUGGAAAGAGACCAUCAAAUCCAGCCUUCUGGUGGAUAAAUGAUCAUGGAGAGGAGGUCAAAUGGAACUUUCAAGAGCUCGGAUCUCUGUCUAAAAAAUUUGCCAAUAUCCUUGCUGAAUACUGUGGACUGCAAAGGGGAGACAGAAUAAUUGUAGUUUUACCUGCAAUUCCAGAAUGGUGGCUAGCAAAUGUGGCAUGUCUACGGACAGGCACUGUCUUAAUUCCUGGAACUAUCCAGCUGACUGAAAAGGACAUAUUAUAUAGGCUUCAGUCUUCCAAGGCCAAAUGCAUUAUUACCAACGAUACUUUGGCUUCAACAGUGGAUUCCAUUGCCCCUCAAUGUGAAGCUCUGAAGUACAAGUUACUUGUUUCUGAGAAGCCUAGGGAGGGUUGGGGGAAUCUCAAAGAAAUGAUUAAUAAUAUAACAGUAAUGUUAAUACAAAUGCUAUUUGAUGUUUGCCAGGAUGAACCUUCCAGAACAGCCUCAACCUUCUGUGGGGAUUUCUACAAGACUGGGGACAGAGGGUAUAUGGAUGAAGAUGGAUAUUUCUGGUUUAUUGCGAGAUCAGAUGAUGUUAUCAUAUCCUCUGGAUAUCGAAUUGGUCCUUUUGAAGUAGAAAGUGCUCUGGCUGAGCACCCAGCAGUCCUGGAGUCAGCGGUGGUCAGCAGUCCAGACCCAAUCAGAGGAGAGGUAGUAAAGGCCUUUGUUAUUCUCAAACCUGACUAUAAGUCAUGUGCCCAAGAAAAAAUGAAAAAUGAACUGCAGGAACAUGUCAAAAGAACUACAGCACCAUACAAAUAUCCUAGAAAGGUGGAAUUUGUUCUUGAGUUGCCAAAGACCAUCAGUGGGAAGAUAAAAAGAAAUGAGUUACGGAAGAAAGAAUGGGAAAAAGUCUAGUUUUAUUUGAUUACAGAACAGUAAAAUCCAGGUAUUUUCUACAAUAUAGAAAACCCUAAACAUGAAACAAAAAAAUGACGCUCACAAAUUCAUGAAUUUUAUAAGUAUCUUGUGGUAGUACUAUUACAAAGUAGAAUUCUGAAGUAAAACAAAACACUGUAAUUGUCUCUCUCUCUGAUUUGUCAACCUGUCAACAAGUAUCUGUUAAGAGUUUAUUAUGUACUAGACACUGUGCUGAGUCCUGGGUAAUUUGUGAACAAAGCCACAGUCUCAGGUGGGAAGCGGUAAUGCCAAGGAUAAUUCUUCCCCCCAUUACAGCCUGAAAAGGAUAUAGAAGUUGUAGAGGUGAAAGUAGUGGCUUCUGCAGUUGUGUUAAUAGGCCUGGCAAGUUCCAUUGCCAUUUCCUACCUCCAAGGGACAUGGCAAUGGCUAGUUUCCCUGACUGCCAUCUUACUGUAAAGAUAAUAGUUACAUUUUAUAUGAGGAACAAAAAGCACUCCUAAAGUGUGCAAAUUUAAUUUUAAAAAUCUGGGGCAGCUAUGUGGCUCAGUGUAUAGAGUGCCACGUCUGGAGAUAGGUGG